GCCACAAACGUGGAGCAGUUUUCACUACCACUGAAUUGUUCGUGUUUUGAAACGUCUAUGGUAGAUUCCUGACAGUGGAUUUCCAUGAGGAAAUGAAUUGGUGAUAAUAAAACAUUUGCAGCCAUGUCGAAGAAGCCUGCUGCCAAAGAGCCAGGGUCUGCAUGUCGGCUAUGGCAUAUUGUCAGUGGUAGCUCUCCGCUUUCACAACCGGCGCAAAUUGACGAGGAGCUCAGCCUCCACAAUCACCUACUUAUUGAUGGAUUAUCUCGCUAUAAGUCUCCAUGUGCUGAGUCAUUGAAGAAGCUGCAAGGCGAGUCGCUAAAGGAGUACCAGCGCAACUUCAUAUUGCAGAUCAGCAAAGUGCUCAACCUUGAUGAGUGGCAGUCGUUUGAACUGUUUCAAAGCUACUUGGAACAUGCGUUGCGGGCGUCUCGCAAUCAACUCAAGACGCUUCUCACGCAGAGCAAACACUACCCCAGCUUGCUUUCCAUGGUGCUGGUCUACUACCUUGAGGAACGUUCUUAUAUCUUGAAAUGCCAAGCCCAUCUCCUGACGCACUGGCAAGAUGAUAAUCAUCCAUUUCAGGAACAAUUUGCCUCUGUUGUGGCAAAGAUGAACAAGAGUGGACACUUCACAAAGCAGAUCCUUGAUCAAUACAGAGCAGCGUGCUCUUGGAAGGUUCCUACAUCUGGCUCCAGGGACUCAUUGUUGACAUCUCCUGCUGUCAGUAAGUGGGUGUGCGCCAACCUUCAUGAGCAGGCAUUGCUUCUGGAGUUACUGCUGCACUACUACAAAGAGUUUGAGCACACGCGCGAUAGUUUCAUGGAGCUGUUCGACCUUGUGCAGGCUGAGGGCUUUGGUCAACGCCAGCAGAACCAGGCUCACAUUGUGUCCCCUGACAUGCAGUUGCGCUUAAAGUGGAUUGGGAAAAUCUGGUGCUGUUUGCUGCUGGAAGGGUUCGACUUGCCAGGUCUCCUGCAUGAUCCCAGCACAAGAUUGCAAAGCCAUCCCUUGCUUCCUCCUGCAUUUGACGUCAGAGAGAUCUCCACGGUCAUGCUGGGUUGGGGUGAUUUGCCCCACCAGCUGCCUCUCAUGUUUGCCUGGGCUGUGCUUCUCUUCAUGCACUCAUCUGGUGAUACAGCUACUGGUUCAGCGGCAUCCAGUAUGAAAGAUGCGCAGCUGAUGGGCUCCAAGGCUCUACGCCGUGGUGUCAUGUCCUAUUUGGACGGCCUGGUGAGCUCACCAUGCCUGGAGGCACGUCCAGGUGUCGGUGCUGUUGUUCGUUCGACUGUGAACAUAUUGCUGUCUCUGGUCCUGCAACAUUUCUCGGAGUCAUCUCUUGGUGACAUGAAGAUUCUUGUUAACGUCACCGGCAAGUCGAUCAGCAGUCCUGCGCUAUGCGUGGAUUUCUGGAAUGACGUGUCCAUGUCACAUUUCAACAGCCUCCUACAAGUCUGUACGCAUCGGUUUCCUCAUGAUUUCCGCCCGCUUGUUGACCUGCUGGCAGUGUUGUGCAAAGGCGAAAUGCCAGCAACACGGGUGUUUGGAUUUCUGCGGCAACUGCGUACUUAUGCUGAGUCACUGUCCGACCUGAAGUUCUCCGAGUGUGAGCUGACCGAUGGCGCUUGCUACAGUCAAGUUCCACAUCAUCUAUGCAAGUCUGCAGACCCGAGCAGUGUAGCUCACUUGGUCCUACCAGCUGAUCGUAGUGGUCUCACUGAUCAGCAAUGUGCAGGCAACCCAUUUGUUGUAUGGGACUUUGUCUAUGAAGCUUGGCACCUGUUCCUGUUAAUGAUGGACCAGUAUAUUCACAGUACACCUGCAACUGUGGCUGUGUCAGAUGCGAAAAUGCAGUUACUGGACGUCAACCUUGCCUCAGUGGUGACUCUGGUCACGCAGCUCUUGAAGCACAACUGGUCAUUGUCGUCAGACUUACAACCAGUCAUUGAGCGGGUGUAUCUGCUGCUCCAACGGAGUGUUGUCAGUGCCAGUCCAUCACAGGAGCUAAUCAGUGCCUGUGUGCAGUGCAUCACUGUUCUAGCACAGCAUGAUGCUCAUCAGGUUUGGUUGAACCUACAGCAGACAGGAUUUCUACCACACAGCACCACUAUGCCAACACUAAGCAGCAGUACUAUUCCAUCUGUGGACGGUCGUCACAUGGCAUCCGGUCAUCUUGGUCAGUUGUUGUCAGACGUUGAGCGGGCACAAGGUCACUACCCAAUCACCCUAGCUAGUCUAAAUCUUCUGCAACACUUGAUGAAGGGUUUAUGCUCUCCGAUCAAUGGACAGUCUUGGCCUAUCCCAUCAGACUGGGCAGCAUGCUUAGCGUUUGUGGUUCAUGAGGUCUUCAUGGACUUCUACAAGUGGAGAUAUCGCAGUGCAGACAUUUGCAACAAAAUCGGCUUCUACACACUGAGUAUUUUUGAAGUGGUAUUGCAACAAUCCAAGGGGGAGCAGUCAUCACCCACAGCAGCAGCAGCAGCAGCUUCACCAGCAAGCAAGUCUGGCAAGGACCAGAAGUCAAGCCCAGCACCAUUGACGUCCACCACUGCCUCCUCUGAUAGCUCCUUUUCGCUCUCUCAGUUCCUGGUGGAAAGUCUGCUGUACGGUGAAGCCAGUGUUGCUCUUCUCAACCUGCUCUCAGCUGAUAUUGAUGCUGUGGAUGUAGACAGUGGGGGUGAUGAUAAGAGAAGUCAGUUGCUGAACCUGACCAAGUGUGGAGUGAGCGUGCUAACGCUGUUGCUGCAAGCAAAGGGAGAGCAAAUCAGCCCCCUGGAGAAGCACUUGGCAGUAAAGACAAUAGCACAGUCGCCGUCGUCAGCAACAACAGCAUUGUUCGGAGAGCAUUUGCACCUGGUGGCGGUCAUUGCUUCAUUCAUUCACCAUCGGCACGACAGGCAGCUGCCAAGACUUGCCACCUGCCUUUUGCAGCAACUAUGCAUGUCGAGUGCUCUGUCUAUUCACACCUGUCUGGGAAGCCAGGCUGUGCCUAUUCGAGAAAAGUUUGUAAGCCGCCUGAGCGCGCGAACAGAGUCGGUGUCUACAAAAGUUGCUGUCUUGGAGAUGCUAACAGUGGCUGUUCAGCUUCAGCCUGGUUUGAUUGAGCUCUUUCUAGAUCUGACACCCAUUGAUGGUGCCAGUGGGUCCAAGGAUUUCACAAUGAGCCGGGGCAGCUGUCUGCAUCCCAUCCUGUUGUUCUUGGACAAGAAAACGUCCUGUCCAGCUGAACUACGCUGUGCGGCACUGGGAUUUCUGUAUGGCCUGUGGAAAGAUAGACGUGUAUCUGCUCUUCAGGCAAUAAAGAAAAGCACUGAUUUCUGGACCAACAUACUCUCAUCACUCUUUGAGGACCUUCCCUCUUGGAAAGAGAAUGAGGACUUGUACUGUCUACGUGUGAAGGUUGCAACACACAUCAUUCGUAUUUUGACUGUGGAACUCUACUACUGUGACAGUGUGAGUACGGGGCUAUUACAACAGCUCACUGACCUUUCAGAGAAGAAGCGUUACCUCUAUUGGCUUGAGCAACUCACACCAGUAUGUACCGAUGUGGACAUGGAGGACGCCGGCGAGAGCAGUGUAGUGUCCACAUUGUCCAGCCGCAAGGUGUCUGACAGUCGCUAUGAACUGCUGAAAGGCUUGCAGUCUUUGCUGAUGAUAGCUGUGACGUGUCAGGCGUCAUCGUGCAAGCUGGAGAGUCUGACGGCUUGCUCGGCAAUUCUAAACACGGUCCUUGAGACGCUCCGUUCACACAUUUCCUCACAACACACUGCGGAGAGUGUACAGUCACCACUUCAGCUGGCCUCAUUGUUCCUUUUCCUCUGCAAGAACUGCCAGAGGUCCAUUCUUGCCCCUGAACAGGUACUGGACUCUCUGGCGUCAUUGCUUGUGCACGCCUUCCAAACAGACCGUGCUGUUGUACAGCUUGCCUGGCCAAACCUAUCCGCGUCUCUGCUUAUCAUCAUUCGUUUAGUGCGCAGAUAUCGCAAACCACCGCCCGAGGCUGUUGGAGAUCUCCUGCAAGUAUUCUGUCAGUGUUUACAUGCACUACGUGACAAUGUUGCAACCAAGAACAGCCAGGCACUGUUGACGUCUGUGUAUGUCCUGUGUGAGCUGAUUCCCUGGUUGCCGACUUCAUCACCUGUAUGGCGAUCAGCUCUGGAUCAGUUUGCUAUCUGCACUCUGCUCACUCAUAUACUCGAACACUGCUUGAUGACUAGAGAGCACCCUGAACUGGUGGAAGCCAUUCUGUCUCUCUAUGUCGUUCUCUCUCAAAUACCAAAGGGCGCAGAAGCCGUUGCAAGUCCAUCUCUAGUGCAUCAGUUAUGUCUUAGUCUUGCGCGGGUACUGGCUAUGCAGACAAUGUCCAAUGGAGCAUCGGCCACGCACAGUGCAUGGGACAGGCCGACUUCAGCCCAUGCCGUGCAGCAACACACAGCUACAAGUUCUAUGACUUCUGGCGCGAUGGCCAGCGCAGGUGCCGCAGCAGCAUCAUCAUCAUUGUAUGCUACUGUUACAUCCGCAGCUGGUGGCGAGAGCAAUGGCGGCAUUAGCAACAGCAGUGGCAGUGGCAGCAGCGGUGUGGGUGUGGGUGGCAGCAGCACACCUGCCACUAGCUCUAUGGUAUGGUUCAGUGUCUGGUCACUGGCACUGCAGCUGAUCACCAAUAUUCUCACCGCACUGCGACAUCACUUCAUACAGUCUGCACUGGAUUUUGUGUGUGCACAUCAAGAACGCCUGGCUGAGACUCUGGGUUUCAUCUCAACACACUGUAUUGUGAAGCGGCAUGUGGAUGUAGUGCGUCAUACCACGGCUCUAUUACACUGCCUCAGCGCCUUCCAUCACCAGUGGCACCUGACUAUCCCACAAAACUUCAACGUUCUUCAAGGUGAAGUCCUGCGUUUGUGUCAUCGCUGUUGCAGCCUACUGAGUCGACCCAAGCUGCUGUCUCGACUAGCAGAGUCGGGUCAUGACAUUGGCCACUACGACACUAGUCAGGCUCGGCUGAUGCUUCGUCGCUUGUCUGCCUCACCGCCUGCUUCCCAGCGCACUCCCAGCACUGCGCAGGCCUCUGCAGGCCUCGGCAAGACAGGUACUGUGUCUACAAGUAACACUCAAGUCGUUCGUGGACUCGGUGCGUCGUCUUCUACAAAGAGUAAUGCUUCACCAAUUGCAGAUCAAACAAACAUUGUGUCAUCGACCACAGGCGACGAUGGUGACGAUGAUGACGAUGAUCGUGCAAGGUCCAAGCGAAAACGAGGCAGUCUUGCGACCGGUGGUUCGGCUGCAGCAACAGCGUCGUCUCUUCUCAAGACGACGACAGCAUCUACCUCAUCUGGCUUGACGCUGGGAUCUUCAGCAGCGCUGUCCCAGAUGAAAACCAGCACUGCAUCGUCCUUGUCCAGCACAGCUGGUGCAUCUAGCACAUCUAGUAGUAGCACUGGCACAUCGAACAGCAGCAGCAGCAGCACACAGCCACAGUCUAUACCUGUAACAACAGGCAAUGCAGGCAGCAGUCGCGGGCUGCGGCGUUCGCGCUUGUCUUUCAGUGAAGAAGACCCAGAGCCAGAGCAGGUCAGCCAGAAUGCUCUCAACCUGCAGCGUUGCUUGAUCCACAUCAUCGGGGACUGCUUGGGAUUCAUCCAGCGCCUCACACCGUCGAUCUCAGACAUUCUUCUCAACACCGCGCUGGACAAAGCAGAUAGUCCGCUCUUGUUCACGUGUAACUUUGACACUGUCCCUUCACUGGAUGAACACGAUAGUGUUUCUUUCGGCGAUGCUGUUGCUUGUGUGGAAGCCUGCAUCAGGUUUCUACCACGGGGCGCCUCAUCGCACGUCACCUCUCCCCGUAAGGCACGGCGGCUGACCAAGGAAGUUGGAUCACCAACUAAAUCACCAACUAAGUCACACUCCUCCAAGUCCACGAUGCAUGAUCGUACUCAAGUCAUGUACGUGGUGGAGUCCGCCCUGCUUGUACUGAUGGUGCAGGCAGGUAGUUACCUGCGACAUCCCGACAUGGAUGCUGACCAGAAGAGAGCCAUGCAGUGGGAGCUCAGCUCUAUGAUGGGCAAUCUGCUAUCGUUGCUCUCUCGUCAACUUCACACACGUAACGCAGCUUCAUCUCCUGAGUACAAGAGUUCCCGUGAUGCGUCUCUUUUCUCAAUGGAGAAUAGUGAGCAGUCUUUCCUGGCAUUGGCUGAGGCGUUCGUCAAAACAGUGCUGCACUAGCAGGAUCCGUGCUGUAAUUAUCUCCCUCACUUUGCUGACUUGACUUCUCCUUGAUGCCUCUACAACUCAUACUUGGCUAUUUGAUUUGAAGUGCUGAAGGACUGCUUAUUUGGCAGUUUGCUGAACAUUAGGUCGCUUCUCCUUUUCAGAAUGUAGCAGUGUUGUGUGACUGCCUGACCCUGUUUUUUUUUUAAAUCUUUCCUUUCAACAUGCUUGUGUACAUACCCAAUCCUGUUUGUUCUGUUCUGUGUGAUCUAGCUCUUCUGGCACUUGUUUGAUCAUCUAUCUCUCUCUCUGUCUGUCUCUUCUUUCAUGCACUGUUUAUCAUGGUGUAGAAACCCCACGUGUAGCUGCUGGCAGUGAGAACACACUACAAUUGUACUGAUAUCCAUGACCAGAUUCUAAACAUGGCCAUCCUGCAUUCAUACAUAAUAGUAAUACAAACAGUACCCAAACUCGUGAAACUGUGUCUGAUCUGUCCAUCGUUCUGAAAAUUUAUUUUCUUUCGCUUUGAACCUGGGUCUAAUAGUUUUGUCAGAUGAACACAGUUGCAGUGAUGUCCCUGAAUACUGGAUUUAUACGUCUCCUUUUUCAUUUUUUCAACAAUGGACGACUGUCAAAUCUGA